GGGCGCGCGCCGCGGACUCGGCGGCGGCGAGUAGUUAGUUGUUUAGUCAGUGUCAGUCGCUCGGCGGCGGCGGCCGCGGUCACCAGGAAGCGGACGGGACGGCCGGCGAUGGUGGUCCCCGCGGCGGCGUGUGCGCCCCUCAGGUGUCUGCCUAAACUGGAAUUUAUGCUGUAGACAGUUCCUUGUGGAUUUGACUGAAAACCUAAGGAAAAGAAUAUUGGAAGUCCAUUUCUAAGAAAGAAAAGAAGCAAUGACAUAAUACCUAGAGUUGAAGACAGUUAAACUGGAAAUAUUGCUGAAUUCAAAAAAUAAAGGAAUGAGAGGCAGAGAACAAAGAACAUUCAUCUUACAAGCACUUUGAAAUUUUUAAGGACUGUAAUGUCAGCUGCUAAAACCACCUUUGUCACCAUAAUGGAUGAAGUACUUCAGAUUUAAAAGAGCCACAGUGCUGUGCCCUGGAGGAGCUUUUUCUUGCCUCUGCUUGGAAGGAAAUUGAAUCACUUAGAGCAAUUGACCUCUCGAGCAGCAUUUCUCAAUCGGGGGCCAUAUGUAUUCCGAGGGAGCAACAGGUAUUGGUCGAACUACACAAGCUGCUAUGUAUGACACAUAAGGGAAGUGAAAACCAGUGGAUGCGAGUUUGGCCAUGCACUGAAAGGAAAGCAUUGUCUGUGAAGUUUUCUAUUUAAAAAUGUCUGCUUGUAAUGCCUUUACUGAACACGUUUGGAAACCUGGUGAAUGCAAGAACUGCUUUAAACCAAAGAGCUUGCACCAGCUUCCCCCAGAUUCUGAGAAGGCACCCAUCACCCAUGGCAAUGUGAAAACCAAUGCCAAUCAUAGUAACAACCACCGCAUCAGGAACACAGGAAACUUCCGGCCCCCUGUGGCUAAGAAACCCACUAUAGCUGUGAAGCCCACUAUGAUGGUGGCAGAUGGACAAAGUGUAUGUAGUGAGCUUAGUAUACAAGAGCACUGUGAGAACAAGCCCGUCAUCAUAGGGUGGAACCGAAACCGGACGGCUUUGAAUCCGAAACCACUUAAUAAUAAUGAAGAUGAUAUUGAAGGGCUUGGCCAUGUUCCUAAAUCAUAUGAAAAUAAUGAUAGUUCAAAGAAAAUAUCGAGUAACAAUAAUGGGCUAACUGAAGUGUUAAAAGAAAUAGCAGGCUUGGAUACCGCCACCCCUCAGGUCACAGCAAAUGAAGAAAACUCCAGAGAAACAUUCUUAGGCAGGAUAAACGAUUGUUAUAAAAGAUCACUGGAAAGGAAGCUUCCACCAAGUUGCAUGAUAGGUGGGAUCAAGGAUACUCAGGGCAAACAUGUUAUUCUGAGUGGGAGCACAGAGGUGAUCAGUAAUGAAGGGGGCCGAUUCUGUUACCCAGAAUUUUCUAGUGGAGAGGAGAGUGAGGAAGAUGUGCUUUUUCAUAACGUGGAGGAGGAACACGAGAGUUGGGAUGAGAGUGAUGAAGAGCUCUUGGCCAUGGAGAUUCGCAUGAGAGGGCAGCCUCGCUUUGCUAACUUAAGAGCAAAUACUUUGUCUCCUGUUCGAUUCUUUGUGGACAAAAAAUGGAAUACUGUCCCCCUGCGAAAUAAGUCUCUGCAGAGAAUUUGUGCUGUGGACUAUGAUGACAGCUAUGAUGAAAUCCUGAAUGGUUAUGAAGAGAAUUCUGUGGUCCCUUAUGGCCCGGGAAGCAUGGUAUCAUCUGACUCCACAUCACCAGAUUCUUCUUUAACAGAAGACUCACGUUCUGAGACGGCCAGUAGUUUGUCCCAAAAGAUUUGCAAUGGGGGAAUAUCUCCUGGCAACCCAGGAGAUGCUAAGGAUGUAAAAGAAAGUAAGCCCAGCUUAGAGAACCUUCCUGGUAAUAGUCAGGAGAAGGAUGCAUUGCAAACACCCAAAACCUCAGCAAAAGCUCCAGAGACACACAAGGCAGUUCUUGCCCUCCGAUUGGAAGAGAAGGAUGGCAAGAUUGCUGUACAGACUGAGAAACAAGAAUGUAAAGCCUCUACUGAUAUUGCUGGGCAAGCAGUAACCAUAAACCUGGUCCCUGUAGAGGAGCAAGCAAAGCCCUACCGAGUUGUGAAUCUCGAGCAACCAAUGUGCAAGCCAUACACUGUUGUGGACGUGUCAGCAGCCAUGGCCGGUGAACACCUUGAGGGCCCUGUUCACGGCUCCAAGACAAAAAACUCAUCUUCUACUCCAAACUCUCCAGUGACAUCACCUACAUCGGGACAAGUAAAUGCCCAUUUCCCCAAAUCUAGUGCAAUUCGAUACCAGGAGGUAUGGACUUCCAGUACCAGCCCACGACAAAAGAUACCUAAGGUGGAAUUAAUAAGUGGUGGAACUGGGCCAAAUGUCCCUCCAAGGAAAAGCUGUCACAAAUCAGCACCAACUUCACCCACAGCUACAAAUAUUUCCUCCAAAACCAUUCCUGUCAAGUCACCUAAUUUGUCUGAAAUCAAGUUUAAUAGCUACAACAAUGCUGGCAUGCCACCUUUUCCAAUUAUCAUUCACGAUGAGCCAACUUAUGCUCGAAGUUCCAAAAAUGCUAUCAAAGUCCCCAUCGUAAUCAAUCCAAAUGCUUAUGACAAUCUAGCCGUUUACAAAAGUUUUCUUGGAACAAGUGGAGACCUCUCAGUGAAGGAAAAAACCACAAGUGUAAUAAGCCAUACUUAUGAAGAAAUAGAAACUGAGAACAAAGCUUCUGAUAGCACCACUAGCAAGCCCUCUGAGUGUCCCCAGGCUAAAGCGUUUUCAAACAGCACCGAGCGUAAAAGGGGCUCCGUGGCUCAGAAGGUUCAGGAAUUUAACAGCUGUCUCAACCGAAGUCAGUCUUCACCACAGAGAAGUUAUAGUUCUAGCCACAGUUCCCCAACAAAGAUACAGAGAACCACUCAAGAACCUGUGGCCAAAACAGAAGGCCCUCAGGAGUGUCAGAUGGCAGGCAGUGGGGGCAGCACCCGGGAGAAAGCAAGCACAGUGCUUUCUCAGAUUGUGGCUUCCAUCCACCCCCCACAGUCGCCCCCAGAAAUGUCUCCAUCUAGUCCUAAAGCUUGCAGCAUAGAAGAGCUCUAUGCGGUCCCACCGGACGCCGAUGCUGCUAAGAUUACCCCUAAGGGCACACCGGUCCGGCCCAAAUCUCUCUUUAUUGCUCAGCCCAGUGGCGAGGCGGGAACAAAUCAGACCACUGAAAGUCCUACAACCAAAGUACAGAAAGAGCCACUCACAAAGCCACUCACCACUCUUGCCUCGAAAACGAGCCACCAAAGUGAGCCACCACCUCCUUUUCCCCCGCCACGCUCCACUUCUUCCCCUUACCAUGCAAGUAAUCUUUUGCAGAGGCAUUUUACCAACUGGACCAAGCCAACCAGUCCUACCAGGUGCACAGAAGCUGAAUCAGUUUUGCACUCUGAAGGCAGCAGGAGGGCAGCUGAUGCAAAGCCUAAGCGCUGGAUAUCUUUCAAAAGCUUCUUUCGCCGCCGGAAAACAGAUGAGGAAGAUGACAAAGAGAAAGAGCGUGAGAAGGGGAAAUUGGUGGGGUUGGAUGGCACCGUCAUCCACAUGCUGCCUCCUCCUCCAGUUCAGCGCCAUCACUGGUUCACAGAGGCGAAAGGAGACUCCAAUGAGAAGCCUGCCAUUGUCUUCAUGUACAGGUGUGAGCCCCCCUCCGGCCAGCUCAGCAUAGAGCAGAGUAAGGCCCGGACAGACCAGCCGGCAGCCACACAGAAGGGUGGAAUGGAUGACGGGUUACCACAGGACUCGGAGAGAAAGAAAAGGGCUCAUUCUUCUCCAGCACAGGUUCCUAAAAAGAUCCUCAGUCACGUGCCACAUGAAGUCACGGAGGACUUUCCUUCUCGGGAUCCAAGAACUGUUCUUGCGAAGCAAGAUGGUGGGGGUGGUACUUCCGUCACACCAGCGCUGCCUUCGCCUGAACUGGAAGGGGAAGAGGAAAAAGGUGACGUUUCAGAUCCUGUGGAUCUGAAUCCCUGUAGUGCAACAUACAGCAACUUAGGGCAAUCAAGAGCAGCCAUGAUACCUCCCAAGCACCCUCGGCAGCCUAAGGGAGCUUUGGAUGAUGCCAUCGCCUUUGGUGGGAAAACAGACCAAGAAACACUCAAUGCUUCCCAGCCCACACCACCCCCACUGCCAAAGAAAAUGAUUAUAAGAGCCAAUACAGAACCAAUCUCCAAAGACCUUCAAAAAUCCCUGGAAACUAGUCUCUGUGUUGUGGCUAAUCCCACCUACGACAUCGAUCCCAACUGGGAUGCCAGCAGCGCUGGCUCUUCCAUCAGUUAUGAACUUAAGGGACUAGACAUUGAAUCCUAUGACUCUUUGGAGAGACCUUUGCACAAGGAGAGGCCUUUCCCCUCAGCAGCAAACAGCAUCUCCAGCCUAACCACUCUCAGUAUUAAGGACAGGUUUUCCAACAGUAUGGAGUCUCUGUCCAGCCGGCGUGGUCCCUCUUACAGACAUGGACGAAGCCUCCAGAAGCCCCAGAGACAAGCACUUUAUCGAGGACUUGAUAAUCGGGAGGAAGUGGUGGGUAAAAUCCGAAGCCUUCAUACAGAUGCCUUGAAGAAACUGGCUAUUAAAUGCGAAGACCUCUUCAUGGCUGGCCAGAAAGACCAGCUCCGUUUCGGUGUGGACAGCUGGUCAGACUUUAGGCUCACCAGUGACAAGCCAUGUUGUGAGGCAGGCGAUGCUGUCUACUACACCGCUUCGUAUGCAAAAGAUCCGCUUAAUAACUAUGCAGUCAAGAUAUGUAAGAGCAAAGCUAAAGAAUCUCAGCAGUAUUAUCACAGCUUGGCUGUCCGGCAGAGUCUAGCUGUCCACUUUAACAUCCAGCAGGACUGUGGUCAUUUUCUUGCUGAAGUCCCUAACCGUCUGCUUCCCUGGAACAAUCCUGAUGCUCCUGAAGAGGAAGAUGAUGAAAUGGAAGAGACUGGAGAUGAGGUGAAAGGAGAAACGGAUGAGAAAAGCUCUGAGCCCUGCUCCGAAACGGAAACAUCCCAGAAGGAAAGCCGAAAGCAGAGGAGCCACGUGGUGGUCAUCACCCGAGAGGUUCCCUGUCUCACCGUGGCUGAUUUUGUGCGGGACUCUCUGGCCCAGCAUGGGAAAAGCCCUGAUAUGUAUGAGAGACAAGUAUGUCUGCUGCUCUUACAACUGUGCUCUGGUCUUGAGCACCUCAAACCCUACCAUGUCACUCACUGCGACCUUCGCCUCGAGAACCUGCUCCUGGUCCACUACCAGCCUGGGGGAACUGCCCAGGGCCUCGGUCUCACUGAGCCUAGCCCCACUUCCUCUGGUCCCACAAGACUCAUAGUAAGCAACUUCUCUCAGGCCAAGCAGAAGAGCCAUCUGGUCGACCCAGAGAUCCUCCGGGACCAUUCCCGCCUGGCCCCAGAGAUCAUAACAGCCACCCAGUAUAAGAAAUGUGAUGAGUUCCAGACCGGAAUCCUCAUCUAUGAGAUGCUGCAUCUGCCCAACCCCUUUGAUGAGAACCCAGAUCUAAAGGAAAAGGAGUACACCCGGGCAGACCUUCCUCGCAUCCCUCUGCGUUCCCCCUACUCCCGGGGCCUGCAGCAGCUGGCUAGCUGCCUCCUCAAUCCCAACCCUUCCGAGCGGAUCCUCAUUUCUGAUGCCAGAAGCAUCCUCCAGUGUCUGCUCUGGGGCCCCCGGGAAGAUCUCUUCCAGACUUUCACCGCCUCCACCAGCCCGGUGCAGAGGAACACCCUGCUCCAAAAUUGGCUCGACAUCAAGCGAACCCUGCUGAUGAUCAAGUUUGCUGAGAAGUCUCUGGAUAGGGAGGGGGGCGUCAGCCUUGAGGACUGGCUUUGUGCUCAGUAUUUGGCUUUUGCCACUCCAGACUCCCUCAGCUGUAUUGUGAAGAUCCUGCAACACCGCUAACUUAUCUGCUGCUGCUUCCACUUCUCUUUUCAUCUUAAGUUACUCCUGCACUUCCCCUUCCUGACGCUCACCCAGAAUUCAAGGAAAGGAGACAAGCCUUCUCUCUCUGUCCAUGAGCAAAUGAGUUUCCCUGGGAGCUCGUCCAGUCAUCCACAGCUUCCAAAUCAAGUAAGAAGCGGAGUCUGUCUGAGCUUUACCGAAAGUCAGUGGCACAAACAAGCCUUUGCCUUGCCUUGGCACACCUUCCACCCUCAUUGUCCCACAAGUGCAGGUAAAAAUGAAAACACACAUCCCUGAAGGGACAGCUUCCUUGGUAUGGACUCGGUGAGUGGUAUCCAGUUCCUCCAUAAUUCUGAAUAUUGCCUGUCUAUUUUUAAUCCCAACUAUUUAUUCUCAUAAGCAAUAUACAGAGUUAAUCAGUCUCUACUACUGUCCUCCCAUGAGCUCUCACAACAGACUUCCUUCCCUUCGAGUAUCAGUAACUGACUUUCUUACCAGGCAAAACUGCCAUCCUUCACAUCAGCCCAGUUAGGUUUCAGGGUCUAUGUCCUUUGUUCCAGCAAACAGCAGAAGGACACGGCAAGAUCCCAGCUCCUGGCUUAUGGACCCCUUUUCACGUUUUCCUUUCUCUUCUCGGUGUGUGUAUGUGUGUGCACACAGCGUGGAGGAAAGCCCUGUGAGUCACCUACGCCACCACUGCCUGAUUCUCCUGCAUCUCUGCUCUGUCCCCAAUGGCCAGUGAAGUUCGGGGUUUCGGCUGUUGAUGUGGCCCAUUCCGGAGCUGACUCAGGUGGUGUCAUCAGUGCUUCAGCAGAGUGGAAUGCAUCUCAGAUCUUCUAAAUAACUGGCAGGACACAGGUGGUUUCUUAUUGUGUGUGCAGUUCUCUUGGGGCCAGCAAUGGAACAGGAGUUAAGAACACCAUUCUUUGAUCACUGUCAGAACUGUCCACAUCCAUGGCGCCUGCAUGCCACUUUCCCCCCGCCAGCCCCCUGCCCCGCCACGGCAGUGCUCAGCUGGCUCCUCAGUAGCUGUUGUUCACUCAUUCACCAAAUGCUGCCACCACAGCCCUGGGUGUGAAGGCGAUCAGCUGAGCUCAAGAUCUCCAGCAGCAGGGGAGGGAGAGGGCCUCUCGCAAGACUGCUUCCCUGCCCGCAGGAUGCCCACCGUGCCUGCAGAGGUGGCUCCCCGUGCCCAGCUGCGCAGGCACCUCCUCUCCAAAGCUCCCAGCUGGCUCUCGAGGACAAUUCACAAGGGAAUUUUUUGGCUGGGGUGGGUGACUGAGAGCUGUGUGGGCCUGGGCUUCUCUCCCUUGGACAUAUGUGCAAUUUUUGUAUGUAUUUUUAGCUGUAUAAUACAAUGUUUAUGUCACAACUUCACCAGAAGCAAGAGCUCCAAAAGCCCUCCCUUCUCCCCUUGGCACAUAGGCGCGCUCAGAGUUAAAUGUUCCUUCCACAAGGGCGCAUGUGUAUGCUCACGUGCGCAUGUGUGUGUGUGCAUGUGUGUGCACACGCUUGUAUUGAAAACUGUGACUAUCUGUUUACUUCAACCUUGAAAUCCCAAGAGUCACUCAGAUGGAGAGAAUGUGUGUACACAUGUAUGCCCGUGUGUGCGCGCACACAUGCUGGAAGUUGAGGCCAGGCCUCUCGGGAGCAACCUGUGACCCUGCAGAGACAAGUUCUCUGCACCCUGUGAGGGACCCGGAGCCCCUCAUCACCCAGCACAGCGUUUCUGACAGCCGAGACUAAUCGUGCAGUAUUCCUUAGAUAGCACAUUAGUGGCCUUUUGGAAAUUUCUAUAAUUUUAACAUUUUUAACAGCCUCACGUGAUCCACCUAUAUUGAAGAGGAUCAAGAAAGGAGAAGAAUGUAUUUUAUUGUGCUCUUCUUUCUUUAUUUCUUUUUCUUUUUUUUUUUCAAGACUGGGGACACGUGAGGCUCUCCCUGGGGGGCUGUCCUUGUCCUCCCGGCCAGCAGGACAGGUCUCCCAGGGGAGAGAGCAAUCGGCACAUAGCGUCUUGCCUCCUCUGUCCUAGACAGUGGCCACAGAGCGGGCAUGCUGCUGCAGGCCAGCAGGCCAGUCUCUCUCCGUGUCCUGUGGCGUGACCACGCCUUGCCGAGCAGGCUGGGGCUUGGUUCCCUUAGCAUCGCCCGUGUGCACAUGACCCCCUGCCUACUUAUACACUGAAUGGCAACGCGAAGACCACUGACCCUGGCCGCCAGCACGCCCCCCUCGCAGUCCCUCGCCCCUGGUUUGUAGAUUGAAAUACUUCCUCAGUGUCACUUUUGUUGGUGCCUUGCCCAUGUCGAUCUGAAUGUUGAGUAUUUAAUGAGAUUUUGUAUUUAAUGAAGAUUGUGCCCUGCUCCCUCUGUUUGUUCUCCAGGUCCCCUUUCCCUUCCUUCCUGUUUUGCCUUGGAUCCCACCUUCUUCAUGCUCACUCACUCCACAGAGUAUGACGCGCAUGGACACUCUCCACUCCAUUGCCCCCCUAUCUUAGAGCACUGCUACACCAAGCACCUCCUCACAUCAGCUGUGUUCAAUCCAGUUUUUCUAUUAAAAUUUACUUCGGGCAAGAGAUGGCCGCUGGCUGCGAGGGCAGUUCUCUGGCGUCCCGGAUGCGGGCAGCUCCAGGAGUUCUCUGAGUGAUGGCAGAGGAAUGUGAGGUGGAAAGGGAAAGGGGCGGGGCGUGUCACAAGUCAGAUCAGGAGAGACAAGAAUACUAUAUUCUCUCGGCAAGAAGUACUGCAUCAGAUGGGCCUCAGAUAUUUUUACAGAAGAUUGAAAUUCAAUCAAAUAUUAGCACAAAUAUUUUUUUACUUUUUAAAAAUUUUACUUGUAAUAGGAACUUCAAAUGCAUGCACCAACUGGAACACAGCCCUCCCUUCAGCAUAGACAUAUAUGAGUAAAUCCAUAUCUACAUGUCUGUGCAUAUAUAUUUGUCAGUGUGGGAUUGUGACUAGUAUAGCACUUUAAGUUUCCUCAAGUAACAUCAAGUUAUUGUCUUCACCAUUGAUUGGAAAGGUUUUCUUUUCUAUUGAAACCUGUUGUAUAUGAUUCCAUUUAUACUGAAAGCUUGAACAAUUGAAGCCGCUAAUAGGCUUUUCCUUAAGCCACAUGAACAUGAACCAUUUCUCUGACACAUCUGAGUGGUGGAGAAACCAGCCCUGGCUGGAGUAGCCCAGACCAAGACUGAAUGUAUAGCAGAGUGCCUUGUUAAAACGAGAAUCUCAUCUCGGAAGGAAGAGCGUGAGAGGGUCCACAAAGACUAGGAGAGGUCGCCCCUCCUAGUGUUAGGAGAGUUUUUUUGAUAUAUGGAUUCCGCUGUGAUGCCAGAAGGUCAUUUCUGAGGAGUAAAUAGCGGGAAGGGGUUGCAGGAGACAGUUUGUACCUGUGGAAGUCAUGAAUGAGACCCUCCAGCCCCUGAACCAGUCAGACUCAGGAGCCAGAAUACUGACAGUGGCCUUCGGGUUUGGUUCUCCAAAGAGGAACUGGCUGAGGCCCAGUAGGUUGAGCAGAGGGAGGGAGCAACCAGGCCCCACACCACCUAACCUACUGAUAUCGGGGCUGAAAACUGAGUUAUGUGUUGGGGUUUUAAGAGUCUAAAUUGCCUUUUCCUCAUCGGAUUAAGUGGUUGACAAUUUUGCUUCCAAACUCAGAAUAAGUUUAUGAACAUGGAUAACUCCAUAGGGUUAAAAGUUCUAAACCCACCCCCAGCCCCCAACCUAGAAAUACUAAUGAGUCUGGGCAUAAAACUACCAAAAAUUGUACCGUAAAGCAGCAUUGUAAAAUUUCCACAUACAAAUGUUGGGUCCUCUAAGCUGGGGCAGAGGACUGCACUGAAUUCAGAAUACCUUGAAGCUGAGAAGUAACCUGACUUGGUUUUUGCUGGUAACCUGACACUAGGAUAUUUUUUCCCCUUCUUAAACUCAAUCUGCUGUGAUCUGAAAAAUGCAGAUCUGUCUCACUGAAGCCCAGAAUUUGGGAUGCAUCCCUUAUACCAAAUGAUUCUAGUUGUAUGAAUCAAGUAUGAACAUACUUGGGUCAGGUGUGGGGGGCACCAAGAGAGAACUUGAUGUUAUGCUCCAACUCUGACGCAUCCUUUAUCCCCCUCACAGUUGCUGAGGGUGGAAAUUCUGGUCCAGAGUGAGCAGAAUGGCUGCCCAUGAACCCAGAGUAUUUAACAUGACCUCACUGGAGCCCAGAUUCUCAGAGGCCCAAUAUGUCAUGCCCCCGAGAUCAAUCCAAGUGUUGCUCUUGCUGAAGUAUGCACUGGAGCCCAGCUGCCCCGAAAAAGGUGGCCCCACGGACCAAAAAAAUGAGGCAUAAGUGGGGGGGGGGAAUCUACAAUGCAAGGUCCCAGACAGAGAUUAUACCAAAGACAUCAAGCCUUCUUAUCCUGUGCUGCUUCGGUGGCAAAGCUGAGUUGUGACGAACACCGUGAGAGCAGAGUCAUGUGCAUUCCAUGUCAGUAUUAGCUGAAAAAGUAAUCCCGCCUCAGAAAAACUCUUUUUUUUUUUUGUAAAAAAAAGCAAUUCUACUUUGUACAUUUAAAGGGGCAAAAUGAUGAAAGUUUUGGGCCAAUUUUAAAAUCCCCCAGUACCUGUGGAGAAAGAACUCUUCAUUUUUACUGGACAUGGCUGAGACUCAAACCCUUCGCCCAAAUUUUUCGAUGCUGAGACUGAGGGUCAAACUUUUUUUUUUUUGGUAGUUUCAAUAGAUUUGGUAAAGAAGUCUUGGUAAAUUUAACAAAUUGUAAUCAUUUUUUAUAAACCUUCCUACCAAGGCGUUUACCACUCACCAUCACCAUCAUUAAGUGCCCAGAAAGUGCCAGGUGCUAUCCAGCUGUUACACACCCUCCUCUCUUCAGCUAUUUGAAGUUAGAAUAGGUUUUUGCAUCAGCCACUUCUGGAAGCUUCUCCACAUGAGAGGAGGCAGGGGCCCGCUCUCUGGACAUCCUUUCCCUGGUUUCCCACUCCAAAGAAUCUCCUAUUUUUAUUCCUCCAUCUCCUUCUCCCCUUCCCACUUCACAUGCAUAUUUUUCUUACAUCAAGAGUGUUUCAGGGAAUCAAAAGAGGUCAGACUUUUUUUAACAUAGCAGAAGUACAGAGUCAUAUAUUUUGCUACAAAUAUUAUUCUAUUAACAGAAAAUCCGCUUUGCCCGUAUAUCGUGUGUGGAAAGUAUCGUGUGUGUCUACACUCUGGACAACUUGAAUGUUGAACCAGCCUGUGGCUUCAGGGUAGCAUUUUUGAAAGACAAACCACACUGUGCUUCAGGAAAACUUGCUCCAAAUACUCCCCGGUUAGUCCCUCCCCUUGCCAGUUUGAAAGACUGUCCCCUGUCAGCAUGCUGGGUUGGGACUCUGUUCAUAUGUGCAGGGCAUUCGGGUAUGAGAACAGGGCAGAAGCAAAGUCUUCCUCCUCAUGAUCUGAAUCAUGACAGUCCUCAUUCCCAUCUCUCCCCCAUUCCCCGUAGCCCUGCCCAUGCUCCUCUAUGUUGGAGAAUACUGUUUCUCUCAUUCUUCCCUGGAGAUUCACCCCUCCACUGACUUCAGAGCUGUAUAAAUUUACCAAUGAAUGGUCCCCUCCAUCACCAGAUGGCCCCGCCCUUUGGUUUGCUGUGGUACUUUGCUGUGUUCUCUGUGGCAUCAUGUUACUUGUGUAAAUAAAUCCAUUUUGAUAUACACUAA